AUGUCUCGACUGAUUGUGAAAAACCUGCCGCCUUACCUCGAUGAGGCUGGCCUGAAGAAACACUUUUCCACCGUCAAGGAUCCCAAGUCUGCUGGCUUUGCCCCUUCCGAUAUCACUGAUGUCAAGGUGGUGAGAGCUCGAGACGGCAAGACCAGACGGUUCGGAUUCGUUGGUUUCCGAUCCGACGAGACUGCCGAGGCUGCCGUCAAGUAUUUUGACACAUCUUUCAUCAACUCUACCAAGAUCUCCGUGGCUGUUGCCAUGACUUUCACAGACCCCAAUGUUCCUCUGUCUUCAAGAGAGCGAAAGCGGCAGGCUGCUCAGAGAGCUCGAGAGGACGCUGAGGACGACCGGGAGGCCAAGAAGGCCCGGUAUCUCGAGAAGCCUAUGACCAUUGACGACAUUAAUGGUUUGGGCAACGCCUCCGAUCCUCGACUGGCUGACUAUCUGGAUGCCAUGCAGGUUCGAUCUAACGCUAAGACCUGGGCCAACAACGAUGCUGGAGCUGUUGCCAACGAGCCUCAGGUGAUCCAGUCUACUGCUUCUGAUGAUGAGUAUGACGAGUUUACCGGCAAGGGUGACGACGAGAUAGACGAGGACGAGGACGAGGAAGAGGAGAGUGAGAACAAGAAGGAUGACGACAAUGAGGAGGCCGAGGAGGACGAGGAAGAUCCGGUUAUUGAAGACGGACUUGCUGCUGAUCCUGGCGUUUCAGAUAUGGACUGGUUGCGACAACGACAAACACGAAUCAAGGAGGGGGAACCCGAGGAGGACCGUGAAAACAGACACACCGAGUCCAAGAGCGAGGGCAAGAAAGGAAAAGGCAAUGCUCCCAAGGCUGCUACUCCUGUUGAUGAGGAGCCCUCUGAGGACCCUACCAUUGUGAGCAUUAGAAAAACUGGACGUCUGUUCUUGCGAAACCUGCUCUAUACAGCCAAAGAGGAGGAUUUCCGACAGCUGUUUUCGCAGUACGGAGAGUUGGAGGAGGUUCAUCUACCCAUCAACACCAAGACUGGCCAGUGCAAGGGAUUCGCACACGUGCAGUUUGAGGACCCCGAAAACGCCAUCGCAGCGUACGAGGCCCAGGAUGGAAAGAUUUUCCAGGGCCGACUUUUGCAUAUCCUACCCGGAAAGCCCAAGAAGGACUACAACCGACUGGACGAGCACGAUCUCAAAAACCUGCCUCUCAAGAAGCAGCAGGAGCUGAAGCGAAAGGCCGAGGCUGCCAAACAGCAGUUCUCUUGGAAUUCGCUGUACAUGAACCAGGACGCCGUCAUGGAGAGUGUGGCCAAGAGUAUGGGUAUCAAGAAGUCCGAAUUGAUCGACCCAGACUCCAGUGAUGCUGCUGUCAAGCAGGCUUUGGCUGAGGCCACUGUUAUUGGAGAUGUCAAGUCGUACUUUGAGAAGAUGGGCGUUGAUCUGGCUUCCUUUGACAACAAGGAUAGAGAUGAUCGAGUCAUUCUUGUCAAGAACUUCCCCUUUGGAACCACCCAGCCUGAGAUUGCUGAGAUGUUUUCUGAAUACGGAGAUCUCUAUAAGGUGAUGAUGCCUCCAGCUGGAACUAUUGCUAUUGUCAUUUUCAAGCACAUUCCCGACGCUCGAGCUGCGUUUGCCAAGCUGGCUUUCCGAAGGUUCAAGACUAGCAUUCUGUACCUGGAGAAGGGUCCCAAGAACCUGCUUCCUAACGAGAAGAUGGAGAGUGAUGAGGUUGAGCAUGUUAAACAAGACAAGAUUGUUACUAUCGAGGACAAGCUGUCUGCUUCUGACGUUAUGGACACUGGUUCUAACGAUGAAAGACCUGCUACUGCUUCUACUUCUGUAUUUGUCAAGAACUUGAACUUCAAGACCACCUCCCGUGUUCUCACCGACGCCUUCAAGGCUCUGGACGGUUUCCUGGUUGCUCAGGUCAAGAUGAAGCCUGACUCUAAGAACAAGGGAAAGUUCCUGUCCAUGGGUUUCGGUUUCGUCGAGUUCUCCUCCAAGGAGGCUGCUGAGAUUGCCCAGAAGGCCAUGGAUGGUCAUGUGCUUGAUGGCCAUAAGCUGCAGCUCAAGAUCUCCAACCGUGGCCAGGACGAGGAGACCACAGAGACCAAGAAGGCUAUCGAUUCCAAGAUCCUCAUCAAGAAUUUGCCGUUCGAGGCUACCAAGAAGGAUGUUCAGAAGCUGUUUGGUGCUUUUGGUUCUCUCAAGACUGUCCGAGUGCCCAAGAAGUUCAACUCCGAGUCUCGAGGUUUCGCCUUUGCCGAGUACGUGUCUGCCAAGGAGGCUGAGCAUGCCAUGUCUGCUCUGCAGGGCACCCAUCUGCUCGGCCGACGUCUUGUUCUUCAGUACGCUCAGGCCGAUGCUUCUAACGCUGAGGAGGAGAUUGAGCGAAUGCAGGCUACUGUUUCCAAGCAGGCUGCUCAGCGGUCUUUUGCUGACAUGAAGCUGGCAGGUGAAGGUAAGCGACGAGUCGACCUUGAGGGAGAGGACGAAGAGGAGUUUUAG